UUAGCAACGCGGAGAGUCACAGACGCGGCUCUCCACGCACCCCUUUCCUAGCAGGACUUAGUGCCUGAUCUUCUCGUGAGGCUCCUCGCUGCCUCGUGUCAGGCCGUGGGAGCCCAUGGAGGGAAAGGAGGAUAAGCAGCAACAGCAUCAAAAUAUAGAAGAUGCUGGUAUAGCGUAUGUAACUGAAAGAAAAGAAGAAAUCAAACAUGACAAAAAACCUGGGAAAAGUGUACAGCGUUCAAAACCAUGUGUCGGGAGAGGACGUGUAUAUUAUGCAAAAUUCAUUCAUACAAAUGCAAGAACACUCAAUGAACCAGUUCCUUACAUAGAUCCCCAAAAAGGGCCAGAAAAACAGGGUGACUGGUGGUCACAUGGUAAAGGACUGGAACAUCCCUUCCAACCACCUUAUGACACUAAGAGCACCCAGAGGAGUGACUUUCAAAAACCAACAUGUCCAUUGGUUUUGCCAGUCAAACACAGCAAGUUGCAAAAGCCUUCUUGUGGAAUAGUUCCACUUGCCUCUCCUGAAGCAUCAGCAGAACUUCAAAAGAAUUUUAUAGAAUGUAUCUCUUAUUUACAUCAAUAUGAUGCUAGGAAAAGUCCCAAUGAGCCCAUCCGGGGAAAGCGACAUGGAGCUUUUGUGCAGACAGAGAUAAAACCAGGGAGUAGGCCAAUAGUUCCUACGGGAACAGAGGUAUUACGGAAUGCUCCAGGGUCAUGCUCAUCAGAACAGUCCAAAAAAACAGAGAAAGGAAACUCAGCGGAAAGCAAAAUGACCUCACCGGGUCUCUGCCGACAAAAUUCCCCAGAGCUGUUAGAGACUGAAACUCACUUAUCAGAAACAGACGUCGGAGAGGCAGCCAAGGCAUGCCCCCGAAGUCCUGAGAGAAGAGAGAAGGCUGCAAACAUCUUCCACAUAACUGCAGUAAAUGCUCUUCUCCCCAGGCAUGAUCCUUUAAAUCCACCAAUAAAAAGCCAGGAUAAAUCAGGAUAAAUUACUUUCUUCAGAUGAAAAUCUAAUCCUUGGAAUGUAGACAAAUUUCAGAAUCACCAUACAAGCCCUCACAAUUGCUUUUUCUGUUAUCAAUAAACUAAAGAAAUUCAAUUUACAUAAAUGGGAAAAUGAAAAAAUGACAAUUAAAAUACACCAGGAAUUUUAGAAUUGUCCCUAAUGAGUGGUGGGUUAUGAGACAUAUUCCUACGUUAUAUUAUUUAUAAACAAAACAACUUUGUUUUGCACAAAAAUGAACAUAAUUGACAAAUAUAAUACUUUUAGAGGAGAGGCCCCAUGAGACAGUCAUUCUCUGGAAUCAAACCAGGGUUAGAUUUUGGUUCCACCAUGUAUGAGUUGUGUGACUUUGGGUGAGUUACUUAACCUCUCUAGACUUCAGUUUCCUCGUCUGUAAAAUCAGGAUAAUAGCAACUUCUCAAGGUUAGGGAGCAUGAGAUUAUGUACAUUGAUCGCUAAG